UUUAUUUAUUUUCUUCUUCUCCUUGUCUUUCUUUGAUGUUCUGCAUCUUACUCUAAUUGAUAUUUGAUUUAUUCUUCUUACUAUUUACUUGGUUUUUAUUUAUUCGUUAUUCCACCCAAUGCUUCGUUUAAGUCGACAAGCAAGAAUAGUAUUGAUGCUAUGCAUCAAUGGCGGUUUCUUUAUUGCGGAAAUCGUGAUUGGCUACUAUGUGAAAUCAUUGGCUUUGGUAGCCGACUCUUUUCACAUGCUCAACGACAUGCUGGCGUUCAGUGUGGCCUUGUGGGCUAUUAAUGUCGCUUCACACACUCGUCGAGAUCCCAAAUAUUCGUACGGCUGGCAACGAGCGGAAAUUUUAGGCGCUUUGGUCAAUGGGGUGUUCCUGAUAGCCUUGUGUUUUACGAUUGUCAUUGACGCCAUUGAACGCUUCAUCUCGCCUGAACCGGUGACCGACCCGAAGUUGGUUCUUAUCACCGGCGGAGCCGGCUUGGCCGGUAACUUACUCGGCCUUGUACUGUUUCACGAACAUGGUCAUCACCAUGGUCACCACAACCAUUCGGGGCAUGAAAAAAACAUCGAACAAGGUCACCUUCACCAUGACACUCAUCAUUCGUCGACUGGCGGACAUUUAAAUAUGAAGGGGAUAUUUCUUCAUGUCCUCGGCGAUGCCUUGGGAAAUAUCGGCGUGAUGGCAAGUGCCCUCAUUAUAUGGUUAGGUACAUUUUCCUGGCGAUUUUAUUUUGAUCCUAUUGUAAGUCUGGUCAUCGCCAUCAUCAUCUUUGCUUCCGCACUACCCUUAGUAAGGGAAACAUCCAUCAUUUUAUUGCAAGGUGUUCCCGGUCAUGUUCCGUUGGACGAUGUGCGGUCCGAGUUGCUAAAAAUGGAAGACGUCAUUUCAAUUCACGAAUUACACAUUUGGCAACUCUCGGAUACAAAGAUGAUUGCGUCUCUGCAUGUGCUUCUGAAGCGUCAUGCCGAUUACAUGCGUUUGGCAACGCAAAUGCGUCAGUUACUUCACAAUUACGGUGUUCACUCCGCUACUAUCCAACCCGAAUUUACAAAACUCGAUGGCACCUCCAAGACAGACCUGUUAGAAAGCAGUGAAGCGAAUCCAGCAAACGAACCGGUUCCGUUACCACCGCAGCAUAUGGCCGGCCCAUCAUGCGUCUCUACAGCUACGCUUGCUACCGCGACGCCAAGCUUGCGAUCACAGAAAUCCGAAACCAUAGAUGAAGAGACGUGUCUUUUACGAUGCAUGGAUGAUUCAUGCAAAGAAAAUACGUGCUGUCCAGACUCUUAUGUGAAUGGUCCCGAUCGCACCUCGUAAAAAAGAAGACGCUAUACGCCUUUGCGACAAACAACAGAUCAGGCUUGUCAAUGCUUUCAACGACGUACAAACCGAACCACAAGGCCAACAAUGAAAUUUUUUAAAAAAAGAUCAAGUGUU